AUGGUUCUCAUCAAGAGCUUCGUGCUCGCCGCCGUGGCCGGCCUGGCGGCCGCCAAGUCCGCCGUCAUUGACCUGACGCCCUCCAACUUUGACAAGGUUGUCCUUAAGUCGGGCAAGCCCACUCUUGUCGAGUUCUUCGCGCCCUGGUGUGGCCAUUGCAAGAAGCUCGCUCCCGUCUACGAGGAGCUCGCCCUCGCCUUUGAGCACGCAAAGGACAAGGUGCAGAUCGCCAAGGUCGACGCCGACGCCGAGAGGUCUCUGGGCAAGCGGUUCAACAUCCAGGGCUUCCCCACCCUGAAGUGGUUCGACGGAAAGUCGGACAAGCCCGAGGAGUACAACGAGGGCCGUGACCUGGAGAGCCUGUCGGCCUUCAUCAGCGGCAAGGUCGGCGUCAAGAACAAGAAGAAGCUCGAGUUGCCCAGCAGCGUCGAGAUGCUCACGGAUGAGUCGUUUGCCAAGACGAUUGGCGGGGACAAGAACGUGCUGGUCGCUUUCACUGCCCCGUGGUGCGGACACUGCAAGAACCUCGCCCCCACGUGGGAGACUCUUGCUCACGACUUUGACAACGAUGAGAAUGUCGUCAUCGCCAAGGUUGAUGCCGAGGCGCCCAACAGCAAGGCCGUCACCGAGAAGCAGGGCGUCAGCUCGUACCCGACCAUCAAGUUCUUCGCGGCCGGCAGCAAGGACGGCGUUGCGUACGAGGGUGGCCGUUCCGAGGACGCCUUCAUCGAGUACAUCAACGAGAAGGCCGGCACCCACCGUGUCCCUGGCGGCGAGCUCGACACCGUCGCCGGCACGGUUGCUUCCCUCGACACUCUUGUCGCCAAGGUGCUCGGCGGUGAUAAGAUCGCCGACGUCGCUGCCGAGGUCAAGAAGGAGGCCGAGAAGCUCAAGAAGGAUGCUCAGUACAAGUACGCCGAGUACUACGUGCGCGUCUUCGACAAGCUCAACAAGAGCGAGGGCUAUGCCGCCAAGGAGCUUGCGCGCCUGGACGGCAUCCUCUCCAAGGGCGGCCUUGCUCCCACUAAGCGUGACGAGAUCAAGCGCAAGACCAAUGUCCUGCGCAAGUUUGUCGAGAAGGUCGCUGAGAAGGCUGAGGAUGCCAAGGAGGAGCUCUAA